CCAAUAGGCAGUGUUUCUUCCUCCCUCAAACCCUCAAACCUUGAAACCUAACAGAAGCAGAUAGGUAGUUACUGUGUCCAAAGCAGAGAUGGGAAUCCACGAAGACGACGACAAUGUUGUAACGAACGAAGCUGCAGCGGAGGAGAAAGAUAACGUUAAGCGGAAGGGGAAGCACGACAAACCUAAGCCAUGGGAUGAUGACCCAAACAUCGAUCACUGGAAGGUCGACAAAUUCGAUCCUUCAUGGAACGAAAGCGGCAUGCUUGAAGUGAGUUCCUUCUCCACUCUCUUCCCUCAAUAUCGUGAAAAGUACCUCCAAGAAGCUUGGCCUAUUGUCAAAUCCGCACUCAAAAACUUCGGUGUUUCAUGCGAACUCAACUUGGUUGAGGGUUCCAUGACAGUUUCAACAACCAGAAAGACUAGGGACCCCUAUAUUAUUAUCAAAGCCAGGGAUCUUAUCAGGCUUCUAUCUCGAAGUGUUGCUGCUCCUCAGGCAAUAAAGAUACUUGACGAUGAAAUGCAAUGUGACAUCAUUAAAAUUAGCGGCUUCGUCCGCAAUAAGGAGCGAUUUGUAAAAAGAAGACAGCAUCUUGUGGGUCCCAAUUCUUCCACCUUGAAGGCUCUUGAAAUACUCACUGGCUGCUACAUUCUCGUCCAGGGAAACACGGUUGCUGCUAUGGGUUCAUUCAAAGGCUUGAAGCAAGUCAGAAGGAUUGUUGAAGAAUGCAUGCUGAAUAAAAUGCAUCCUGUAUACAACAUUAAGAUUCUUAUGAUGAGGAAGGAACUUGAAAAGGAUCCAGCACUUGCCCAUGAGAACUGGGAUAGGUUUCUUCCAAAAUUCAAGAAGAAAAACGUUAAGCAAAAGAAGGUUAACACUAAACAGAAGAAGCCAUAUACUCCUUUUCCUCCACCUCAACAGCCCAGUAAGAUUGAUAUACAAUUGGAAACUGGAGAAUACUUUUUGAGUGAUAAAAGGAAAUCAGCAAAGAAAUGGCAAGAGAAGCAGGAGAAGCAGGCAGAGAAAACUGCUGAAAGCAAAAGAAAAAGAGAGGAGGCCUUUGUCCCACCCAAGGAGCCUGAAAAACUGGUGGAUAAAUCUGAGGAUGGUAAUAAUAAUGUAGCGGACAUGGCAAUGUCCUUAAAGAAAAAAGCAAAGAAGUUUGGGAAGCGCAAAUCUGAAGAAAACAUAAAUGCUGAAACGUAUAUUAUAGGAUCGUCAGAACAAGGAUCAGGAAAGAAAUCCAAGAAGCAAAGGUCUUAGCAUGAUCUUCAUCUUGGAGAUGGAAGAUGGGCAUGUUUUGUGAAUUAUUUUUGCAUCCAAUGUCUCUUCGGUAACAGUUUUGACACUGUAUCAGGCUUUGUUGCUCAUUGCAUUUGUUGUCACUCACUUGUACUCGCCAGUUAGACUGUAACUUGUAAGCCGAAAAUCAAAAUAUGGCAAUUUCUAAAUCAUUUUUUUUAUAUAUUGAUGAGAAUUCAACACAUGAUUUAAUACAAACUACUUAAACUUCUUAC